GGCAGUCACGCAAUUGUUGUAUGCUAACCACUAGGAAUUAUAAUUUUAAUUAAGACAUAAGUAGUUUUAUAGUAUAAUCUGUGUUGUGAUAUAUUUUAAACGUUACUUAAAUGUAAUUCAAGUGAUCUUUUAUACAAAACGGACUCUAAAGUGAUAAAAUGAGUGAGUUAAGCAUAAGUUCGGCGCGCGCCAGCGUGAUGGUGUACGAUGAUGCCAAUAAGCGAUGGGUGCCGUCAGGAAGUUCCAGUGGUCUCAGCAAGGUCCAUAUCUACCAUCAUCAGAUCAACAAUACAUUUCGAGUGGUCGGCAGAAAACUACAAGAUCAUGAGGUGGUGAUAAAUUGCGCAAUACUAAAAGGACUAAAAUACAACCAAGCGACGCCGACCUUUCACCAAUGGCGUGACAAUAAGAUCGUGUAUGGGCUGAAUUUUUCUAGUCGAGAAGAUGGAGAAAAUUUUGCAAGAGCCAUGCUACAAGCCUUAGAGGUUUUAAGUGGCAGGGUUGUUGCUCCCACGCCUCCUGCACCAACAAAUGGGCAACAUUAUGAUGAAGACAUGGGCUACAGAACCAUGACCCGCGAAGAUGCGGCCAUCAUACAACAGAAUCAUUCAGUAACCUCACCUCAGACGCCAACUCAACAUCCUCAACAGCAGCAGCAACAGCAGCAAAUUAACAAUUGCAACAACGGACUUCAGCAGCAAAAUAUCAACAGCAACAUGGGCAUCAACUCUCACCAGCAGCAAGCAGGGAAUGGCGUUAUCAAUCAUCAAAGGGAUUCCAUGGGCGGAGGAACAGGUUCUUUGCAGAGAUCGCAAUCACCUACCCCGAUGACACACCAUAGAACUUCUAGGAAUUCAGACUAUGAGAUGCAUAAGGUGGAACUACACAUCGAAGUGAGCGCACCCCCGGCUCCUCAACCACCCGCGAUGUCCGUUGCAAGUCCACCAGCGGCACCACCAUGCCCACCAUCCAGCAACCAGAACAUCUACGCUUCGAACAUGAACCAGCAACAACACAACAACCAACAACAACAACAAAUGCAAUCGCCAGGCAAUCACUACCAACAAGUUGGACAACAGAAUCAGUAUGGACACAUGUAUAAUUCCGCUUCAACGAAUUCAUUCCCAGGAACAGGCAACAGUUUACAACAUAACAUUCAACAGCAGUCGGUUCAUCAGCAACAAUCCGCGCAAUUCGGUUCGAAUCCGAAUUUUAAUAACAUUUAUAGCGGAGGAAAUAACGCACAUACGUACGUUAGAAUGCAAAUCAAGUUUAUGCUACUCAGAGUCAAGGCUACAAUAUGCCAGGUGGGCCGGAAUCCUAUUUAUGGAUCUGCCAGUGUCGGACAAUAUGGCCAGACGGGACCUAAUUUGAUAAAUGGAGGGCACAAUGGACAGGGUGGAAUGCCACCGACGCCGCCUCAGAUGAUGCAACAACAACCAGCCAUCAGUACGCCAUCUGCGCCUCCACCACCUCCUCCGCCACCAAUGGGUAGUUUGGCGAAAAGUGAUAAUGAUGUGAAUAGUUUAGCAGCACAAUUACAAAACGCAAGGCUUAAACGUAAUCAAAAACAAACACCUCCACCAACAGAAAAUAGCGGCAGCAGUACGUCAAGUGGUGGCAGCGGUAAUUAUGGCACGAUAGGAAGAAACAGCGGCGGAGGAAUGGCAUCAAUGAUGGAUGAGAUGGCCAAAACUUUAGCCAGGCGGCGAGCUCAGGUUGAGAAGAAACCACCUCCAGAGGAACCAGAAGAGAGUUGCAGAAGACCAUGGGAAAAAAGCAACACACUGCCACAUAAACUAAAUACAAGUUCUAGUAACUCAAAUAAUAUCAAUAACGACAGGGACCCUAACAAUAGAUCCGAAAGCCCCAGACCCAUUAGAAAACGAUUUGGGUCAGCCUCAGAGGAAACUAUUCUUAAGCAAGUUAAUGGCGAAUCAGGUUUAUCAUUGCCUUUACCAGCUGAGCUGGAAACAUUAAAACAAGAAAUCGUAAGAGAUGUAAGGAAUGAGAUCAACAAGGUUAAACAAGAAAUUAUAGAAGCAAUCAAAUUGGAGUUAUGUCGGAGAUAAAAAUAAUCUGCGACAACCAGAAAAAAUGAAGCUGAAAAGAAAUCACAACAGUAAGUAAUUUGAAAUUUUAUUUCAAAAUUUUAAAUGUGUGUUAUGAUCACAUAAAUAAAAAGUCUUUUAUACAUUAAUGACAGAAAACUGUACAAGUUGACAU